AUGGCUUCGAUAUUCACCUACGACCCCGACCCGCCAAGGGUGUCGUCUCCAUGGCUUGCCCCAGAAGAUACCAGCAAUCAGCCGCCCAAGCCUUCGCCAGCGCCCGCCUUGCUGUCCGACUAUGGCGUCACCAAGCUCCAGGCCGAGCCUCAGGAGGGCCCGACAGAGUACAAGCUCCAUCUCCUCCUCAGGCCGAGGCGCAAAUACACCUCUGUCAGUACCUCCAGCCGGGUAAGCGGCUCUCAGCAGGCCGGGCCGCGCGAGGCAAACCCGGCAAAGUCGCCGGCCGCGCCCGCUGCCUCGAGCCAGCCUCGGCAGGAACGCCUGCAGCAUCUCACAACGCAACUCCUCUGGAGGCUGCAGCAGUCGUCUCCCUACCAUGCAACCAGCUCCAAGGAGUUGAUUAUUCCAAAGCUUCCUGAUGACUCUGUCGACCUCAAGUCGCCUGUUAAGCUUGAGGCGCUGGUGCCGGGUCUUGAGGAGUCUAGAGGCGCCUUAUAUGAAAUAGGCGUCUCCGACGACGGCACCCUUGUCGGCCUCACAAAGGAUGAGAUGAGUGAAAGCAUUGCGACAUUGCGCGUUAUGGCAGCCAGCCUCGGGUGUACCGUCGACAUCGUCCGCACGGUCAUUGUCGGCGAAUGCGAGUGGACCGAGUCCGUCGACCUUGGGAACGCCGCAACUCCUGCCCAAACUCACCAGACCAGACGCGGAAAGCUAUGGGUGGCGGAGGCCUUGGUGACACCAAACCUUGGCUUUCGGGACGACAUGCAAUCUGAACAAGGCUUGAGCUCUGGCGAGUCGACCGGUGCCAAGACUGCCAACACCCCAGAACUCGUGACUGAGCCGAGACGAGGCAGCUCUGCAACGCCGCAGCUCCGGGUCACCCUCACAGGUCCGACGACAUCCGGAAAGUCGAGCCUUCUUGGUACCCUCUCUACGGGGACGCUAGACAACGGGCGUGGAAAGAGCCGUCUGUCCCUGCUCAAACACCGCCACGAGCUGGUCUCCGGUGUCACCAGUUCCAUCGCCCAGGAACUCAUCGGAUACAAAGACCAAACUAUUCUCAAUUUCUCCCAAGGGAACAUCGAGUCUUGGAUAGACAUUCACGACUGCGCCGAGAAUGGGAAGCUGGUCUUUGUGUCCGACUCGGGGGGCCACCCUCGCUAUCGGCGCACAGUUCUGCGCGGCCUCAUGAACUGGGCACCGCAUUGGAGUAUUCUUUGCAUCGCUGCGGAUGCGCACGAAGGGGUUUCGAACGGUGUCGAGGCGACUUCGUCCGCGCAGGAUGUUCUUGGGGCGGCAGCUGCCGGCGUCGAUCUCGUCAAGGCUCACUUGACCCUCUCACUUAAGCUGGACGUGCCUAUGGCGAUUGUCAUCACCAAGCUAGACCUAGCGUCCAAGCUCAGCUUGCAAAAGACCAUGGGAAAGGUUCUCACCGCCAUUAAGGAAGCCGGGCGAAUCCCUAAGAUCCUCCAACCUGACCAGAGGCAAUAUGACGAAUUGAAGCAGAUACCGGCAGAGGACAGGGCAAAGGUCAAAGCUGUUGUUCAGAGUAUCGAGGACAGCGGCAGUUUGACAUCACACGUCCCUAUCGUUUUGACGAGCUCCGUCAAGGGCAUCGGUAUCGGACUCGUUCAUGCACUCCUCGACGGCUUGCCUUUACCGCCAACCCCAACAGCCCGAGACUAUGUCGGGAUGGUCCUGAAUCCGGAGCAGCCAAAGUGCCUGUUUCAUGUUGAUGAUACCUUCAGUCUGGCGGGCUCAUACAGCGCACUGGCUUCCGGCUCUGGUCGCAGGACGGACCAAGGAGUCGUCGUCUCUGGGUAUGUCCGUUUUGGCAGCCUCUCAGUGGGCGACAGGAUUGUGGUUGGCCCCUUUCAGCCCGAGGAUGAGGAGUCUCGUGGUUUUGGCGCAGGUGUGGACGAUCGCCCAUCCCCAGGGAAUUACGGCUUGUCCAUAUCGCAUCCUUCGUCGGCUGAGCUGGCCCGCAUCGCAAUGAAGAACGCAGUCUCCGCAUCGACCAUUGCAGGGGAAUGGCACAAAGCCCAGAUUGUAAGCAUUCGCAAUCUGCGGUUAGCCGUGCGGACGCUCGAAGCUGGGCAAGCUGGAUCCGUUGGUCUUGUUCUCGACCUCGACGCGGACCACUGCUUGCCCAACGAUGAGAUGACCGGCGGCGAGGUGCCUCGCAUUCGCCGCGGCAUGGUCCUGGCGAUACCGUCAAAGCACAUGCUCGACACGGGGCUAUCUCUGCAGGCUGCCAGCGGCUUCACUGCAACGUUUGCCGACUCUACUGUGCAGAGUCUGGCAGUUGGGUCCUUUGUCAACGUGUACGUCGCUAGUGUUCGGGCUGCCGCGCGGAUACUCCGGGUCUCUCGCAGCGGAUGGCUCGACGCAACGGGCAAGACAGCCACCGAGGACAUUGACAUGUUCAGUCUGAGCGGAGAUGGGAUAGAAGAGCCUGACAUCACAGGGUUGCCGGGCAUGGGGCAGGCGUGGGAAGUCACCCUUGAGCUGCUUCAUAACCGGGAAUGGAUUGAGAUGGGCUCCAAGGUGAUUCUUCUUGAGGGUGGAAGCCAGGACAGGUCAGGACUCGAGGGUCAUGUGGGUCGCGUGGUUGAGAUCGUGGAUUGA